AUGGCGUAUAUUGUCUUUCAAGAAAUAUUUUUGGAUGAAAUAUAUAAGGGAAAUGUAGAAAGAACACCUACCCGAAAAGUCUUAAAAGAAACUCAGAAGAUAUCUAACGUAACUACUGAUAAUUCCAGGAGAAAAGUUAGCGAAGCAGACAAAAUUGCUUUGAAGUUGGGCUCUAAUUCUAAAGUCACAAAGCGAAAGAAAAAAAAUCCCAUUACGCUUGAACCUAUUGUUAUCGUUGAUGCAGAUCAAACAGAACAAUGUAAUACUGCAAUGCAAGUUGAAAUGGAUUGUGAAGUUGCAGAUAUUAAUGUAGGACGAAUAUCAAACAAGACUAAUGGUUUAAAAAACUGUUUAACUCAAAAUAAAGAAAUAUUUCAAGUAAUUUAUGAUGUUAAAAACGAGCAAAAGGAAUUUUAUAAGAAAACUCGUGAACAAUUAAAUGAACUAUUGGAAAAAGUUGACCAAUUAAUGAUUCCUGAAAACUCUUAUUGGAAGAAUUUAGCGUCAAAAACUUGUAAAAUUCAAUUACCCAUUCUUGGGAUUUAUUCAGACGGUAUUGCAUUUCAAAAAGCAUUUGAGGCUAUGCUUGAACAAGAAAAACCUGGAUACAUUGAGAAGCAUGGACCUCAAUGGAUGCAUAUUUAUGAAGGACGAAUUAAACCUUUGUGUAAUGAUAUAAUUAAAAGUCUGUGUUGUGAUAAAGUCAAAGAUAUUUGUGCCUCCAUGUUUGACAUAUUUGGUGAAGAUUGGCUAGUUCGUAUAAAUACUACUGCAUCAGCUGAUGAUAUUUUUUCAUUUAAACAAUUAUGUAAAACCAAAAAAGCAUUUGAAUGCUUAUUUAAAACUGAUGAAGAGGGAAACCUUUUAUAUAUUCAAGCAAUAAAGAAUAAGGCAUGGGGUAAAAAGAAAACAAGUGAAAAGGAUACGGCUUUUACCCUAGCUGUAUGUGAAACUGUUUUAAAUCCGAAACAUCCGAAAAUAUCUAUUGGUGAUAAUUCUUUGCUAAAUAGAUAUAAUAUUUAUUUGGAUUGUCUUUCUAAUUCAAAGGAGAUAACCGCAAAUACUACUAAACAAAUUAGACUUAUGGAACUAUGUAAAGAAAAUGAUAGUGAUACUAGUAGCAACAAUAGCGGUGAUAGUGAGAGUAAUUAUGAUCAAGAAUUGGAGGAUAAUCAAGAAUUGGGGGAUAAUCAAGAAUUGGGGGAUAAUCAAGAAUUAGAAAAUAAUUAUAAUCAUGAUAGUAAUCAAGAAUUAGAUAGUUAA